AUGGCAGAAGCCAAUGAAACUAUUCUGGUGGCAACACUGCCACCAAUUUUCUCUCAGUUGCCCCCCAUCUCGGUUAAACUAAGUGAUGGAAAUUUUCUUAUGUGGCAACAACAAGUUGAUGUUGCGGUGUAUGGGUACGACCUUGAAGGAUUUAUCACAGGGGACACUGAUCCCCCUCCACAAUUGAUUCCAGACCGAGAUGGAGAGUCUAUGGUUUCAAAUCCAGCUUACAUGAGUGGCUGGAUGGCUCUUGUCUUCCUUAUUCGAAAAUGCUCUAACCUUGAGACAAACUUUGCAAGCCGCUCCAUGGCUAAGGUGAUGCAAUAUCGACAACAAAUGCAGAAUUUGAAGAAAGAUGGAAUGUCAAUGACUGACUAUCUAGGAAAGAUGAGAACAUUGAUUUGCUUGGUUAAGUGGGCUGUAGAAUCUCGGAAGCCGAACAAGUGCUCCACAUUCUUGGAGGACUUGGGCAGGAUUAUGAUCCUGCUCAGCAGUCUGGACAGAAGAUGGAGUCUCCAAAUUUCAAUAACAACAGAUUUGAAGCAGUACAUGGAAGAGGUUUUGGAGGAAGAUUUCAGAGAGGAGGAAGAGGUGGCAGAGUUAUGUGAGAAACCUGGCCAUUCAGCAGCAAAAUGUUGGCAUAGGUUCGAGCAAACACCACCUCAAAUCCAGUUCAGAGGAAGUUCUCCACAGCAACACAAUCAAGGAUUCUUCAAUCCUUCAGUUCAUCUUGUGCAGUCAGUGCCCAGGUCUCCUUCAGCAUCAUUCUCUGUUGGGACUCCAUCAGAGUUCAGCUAUGGAUCAAAUGCAUCGUCCAGCUGGUAUCCAGACUCAGGGGCAACACACCAUGUGUCUAAUGACUUGAGCAAUCUCAACAUAAGCACUGAAUACACAGGAGGUAAGAAUCUCUUUCUUGGUAAUGGAACUACUGUUAAUAUUGCAAAUAUUGGUGAAAGCGUUUUUAAAUCUCACUCAACUAAAUUCUCUAGAAAGCUUCAUCUCAAAAAUCUUUUGCAUGUACCUAAUAUCACCAAGAAUCUACUCAGUGUUUCCAAAUUUGCUCAAGACAAUUCUGUCUUUUUUUAA